UUUUUAUCCACAGGAUUCGUCAUCGCCUGUCCCGACCAGGUAAUCAAGAGACGAGUCAGGCCCGUUGCUCAGCCAAAGGCGUCCGUCCACCCACCCCUCGCGUUUACGAGCAUUGUCGACAAUUACAGUACUCGUACUCCUACUUAAUGCUCUCAGCUAUCGAUACCUCCGGCGAGAGGGUGGGCCCGGGGCACAGUGGAUCUUCCGCCGUCGUGAUGGAGAUCAUAUAUCCGCAGGCUACCUUUUCUUUUCUCGGUCAGGGAGGGAGCGUCAUGGGCUUCUUUCCUUGAUGAUGCGACUUCAUAUAAGACUAUGGCAAUCGCUCUCUUGAAGGGCAAGCUCUCUUGAAUGCGCAGCGACGCGACUAGAUCCCAACACAUGUCCCGCAAGCACGACAAGCCCGCACCAUGACGCCAGUCCGGCUCCUCAUUCUCGUCGUGGCGACAGUCCUCCUGGCAUCGACACGCGCAGACGAAGGGCCAUACUUUCAAUCGCAGCUGUACGAGCAAGGCCGCAUGGGGUCGUGGCCGACGGAACAGUUCCGGUCGACGACGACGGUAGGGCUGGCCGUCAACUGGGUGCAGGAGAGCGCGCGCUGCAAGGACGGACAGUACUACCUGCUGGCGCCACGCGGGGACAGCGUGCACCGGCCGGGGCCCAUGAUCCUCGACCAGCACGGCCACCUGGUCUGGACCAAGGAGUACGGGCAGACCUACAACCUCAACGUCCAGCGCUACCGUGGCCGCGACUAUCUGACCUUCUGGGCUGGCAGCGACGCCGAUGUCGGCCAUGGUCGCGGCACUUACUACAUGCUCGACUCCUCCUACAACGAAGCGUACAAGAUCUCCGCCGCGGGCGGCCUGUCGGGCGACCUGCACGAAUUCCACAUCACCCGCGACGACACGGCCCUGCUCACCAGCUACGACCUGCGGCGCGCGGACCUGUCCGCCGUGGAAGACGGGCCGACGGCCGGCUGGAUCUGGGAGAGCACGUUCCAGGAGGUGGACAUCGCGACGGGGACGCUGCGGUUCGAGUGGCACGCGUCGGAGCACAUCGGGUUCGAGGAGGUGGAGCGCGGGCGCGAAGGCAACGGGGGGUCGCGCGAGACCGCCUGGGACUUCUUCCACAUCAACAGCGUGGACAAGGAUCAGACAGGCAACUACCUGAUCUCGAGCCGGUACACGAGCAGCCUGACCUACAUCUCCGGAGUCACAGGCGCCGUGCUAUGGCGCCUAGGCGGACGCCGCAACGACUUCACGGACCUCUCGCCCGACGGCGGCCGGGCCGCCACAAACUUCACCUGGCAGCACCACGCGCGCUUCCGCGACAACGACACAGCCAUCACGCUGUUCGACAACGGGUCGCGCGGCGCCGGCGCCCCCUCCCUCCCGAGCCGUGGGCUAUACCUGGACCUGAACCAAGCGAACCGCACCGUCCGCCUCCGCCACGUCUACACCACCCCCGACGAGAAUCUAAGCAGCCAGUCGCAGGGCUCACUGCAGGUGACAGCCAGCGGCACCGUCCUGGUAGGGUAUGGCUGGAAUCCAGCCUGGACGGAGUUCUCGGUAAACGGCGUCCCGCUCUGCACCGUCCACUUCGGUCCCCUGCGUGAAUUCGGUACAGGUAAUAUCCUCUCCUACCGCGUCUUCAAGCACCCCUGGCGCGGCCAUCCCACCACCCGCCCCGCCUUCGAGGUCUACAGCUACCGCGCCGCCGCUAGCUGGAACGGCGCCACGGACGUCGUCUCCUGGUUACUCGAGGGCACCGAUGAUCCCUCCUCCGGGGAUCAGACAGCGUUAGCCCUCAUCCCCAAAUCCGGCUUCGAGACCCCCAUCCCCGUCCCCCAGGGCGCCCGCGCCCGCUAUCUCCGCGUCGUGGCUCUAAAUGCCACCGGCCAUGUGCUCGGGACGUCCAAGCUGGCGCGCUGGGAUCCGCUUGCUGAGGAAGCGGUGGUGGUUUCUGGGGAUGAGGAGGAGGAUGGAGACGGUCUGGGGACUCUAGUGCUGGAGUCGUCCUUUUCGAUGGUGCUUGGGUUUGGGUUGUGUGUGGUUGUGCUGGUGGCGGGUUACUUGUUCUUCUGGCGGGUGAGGGGGCGAGGUGCUCUGCGGAGAGGUGGAGAUUGGGAACACGGGGAGUUUCUGCUUCUGCGGCUUUUGGAUGGGGUGGAGGGUGAGGAUGGUGAUGAUGCUCAUGCUGAUGCUGAUGGGGAGGCUGGGUUGGAGGAUGUGACUUUGUUGGGGAGGCGCGGAUCAGGGGCUCGUUUGGGACUCGGAAGGGUAAGUGGUUAUCGAGGUGGGAGAGGGUGACUGGCGGAGAGGUGGUAACCAUAGGGUUGGUUGUAGAUAAGCUUGCGUGUGUUGCCAAUUCCAACAGGUUUGGUAUUGGUUUCUGUAUAUAUGAUGGUCUUGGG